GAGUGAUGACCUCGCCGAUUACAAAAGUAAGCACAGAUAUUUCUGUGGAACGUUGAUGCAGCACCUUUUAAGAACAUGGACAGUGGCAAAAUCGAUCUUACCUCUUAUUCCGCACAAACCAAAAAAGAUUUUUAGGUUCAGCUCUAGGAGCAGUUACAGUAGCAUGUCUGGGAGUGGAAAGAAGCGUCUGUUUGUGAUCGACACAGAUGCUGGCCUCGAUGAUGCCCAGGCCAUCAUGAUGGCUCUAGCUCAGCCAGACAUCAACAUUAUCGGCAUAACUACAGUGAACGGCAACACCACAGUCAACAAUGUGUCCAAGAAUGUGCUGAGACUGCUAAAGACCUGCAGAAGACUGGAUAUCCCUGUGUAUCAGGGCUGUGAUGGCCCUCUCAUGCCUCAUCUAGACCCUGUGGAUGCUGGUCAUUAUCAUGGGGUGGACGGUUUCGGGGACGUCCCUGAUCCAGACCCUGUGGACCCUAAGAUGAUAAAACCUGAACACAGCGCUCUGGCCUUGGUGAGACUAGCCAAUGAACAUCCAGGUGAGAUCAACCUGGUGGCGAUUGGACCCCUAACUAAUAUAGCUUUAGCCUUAAGACUGGACUCUGGCUUUGGCAGCAAAUUAAAACAUUGCUUUAUUAUGGGUGGAAAUACAGAAGGCAAAGGUAAUAUCAAGAUCUGUGCCGAGUUUAAUUUCUGUGCUGACCCAGAGGCUGCGUCCAUCGUUCUCAAUCUUUUGGGCUGUCCCGUCACUGUGGCUGGCUGGGAGCUUUGUCUCAAAUGUGGCUUCACCUGGGAGUGGUACAAGAGGCUGAUAAGCAAGGGCACAGCUAAGAGUGAACUCAUGCGUGUUCUUGAGGCCAACACCAUCGUCAAGUUUUACAAGGAGGGCAGCUCGGAGUUCUACAUCACAGCAGAUCAGAUUAUAAUGUCCGUUGCCAUAGAUCCCAAGACUGUGAAAGCACACGAGGAAGUGUACGCCACUGUGGCUUUAAAUGACCCUCUGACCAGGGGCAUGAUGGUCAUUGACUGGUCAGAGCAUUUGCAGAAGAAGCCCAAUGUUAAGGUGGUCACAGAAGUGGACCAUGAUCUGUAUGGGAAAUAUCUUCAAGAUGCUCUGAACUGAAAUAGAAACCAUUCCCAGACCCUAUAGUGCUAAAUUUGGAUAGACCCAUCUCUAAGUGGAUUCUUGCUUAAUUGCAAUUAACUUAAUCGACUUUGAUAUCUGUCACACCUACUAAAGCUGAUAGGGGUAAUAAACUAUUGUUUAGCAGCUUAAGUAGGCGUCCCAGACAUCUAAGCCACUUAAGCUGAAAGCAAUUUAGCGAGAAACCCCGUGGAGAUGGACCGAUCCUGUUAGAUCAAUUUAGGGAUUGGAACUCAGUCCUAGUCUCAACUGAACUGGUCUAGUUGUACUGUUAUGACAGGCCCAAAGCUAGAGGGGGUUCUAGGGGGUUCAAACGAACCUCCCUUCUUACCAGAAAAUGUCCUCUCUGGGUAAAAUCUGAUCUAGGUACACAGGGUUUUAUGGUAGAAGCAGGCCCGUAGCCAGGGGGAGGUUUGGGGGAUUCAAAAGAACCGCCCCUUUUGCUGGGAAA